CAAAUGCUGAUAUAGUGGUAAUAAAAAAAUAAGAAAUUUAUAGAGUUUUCGAAAGAAUGCUGACAGAUUAAUAAGAAUUCUAAUGGAAUAAGCUUUGUGUUAAAUAGAAAAAAAGAAAUAUGUAAAGUAAUCUCCUUUAGGAUUAUAUGAAGCAAAUGAAGUGAAAUAUGAUGAUGAAGAGUAGAUAUAAUAUAUAAAUAUAUAUUUAGGAUAUGUAUAGUGAGUAUACUUAGAUCAGGUAAUGCAUUUUUGAAUGAAGGUUUAAAAGUGAUAUGUGGAGCAUCAAUAGGAUAAAUAUUGAUACAAAGAAAUGAAGAAACAUCAAUGCCUAAAUAUUAUUUUGAAAAGCUUCCUGAGGAUAUAAAUUAAUAAUAAAUUAUAUUAGUAGAUCCAAUGUUAGCAUCAGGGGGAAGUGCAAGCAUGGCAUUAUAAUUAUUAUUAAAUAAAGGUGUAAAACAAGAAAAUAUCAUAUUUUUAACUUUGGUUAGUUGUGAAUAAGGAUUGAAUAAAGUAUUUUAACAAUUUCCAAAUAUCAAAAUUAUUACAGCUCAAGUAGAUCCAAUAUUGUUAAAAGAUAUUAAUUACUUAGCACCUGGAAUUGGAGAUUUUGGAGAUAGGUAUUUUGGAACUAUUAAAAAAAAUACACACCCAAUUAAAGUUUGA